AAUGGAACGCCCGAAAACAUUGGAAAGAGAUCAAAGUGAAAUAUCAGCAAAUAACUUCUUGACAGAACAAGAUAGGCUUGAUGAUGAGAUAGAUCAAAGAGAUAGCUUUAAGAAUUUCGAAAAUAAAUAAAACCUAUGAUUUUGAUAAAAGAAUAAAAGAAAAUAAAGAGACAAAACAAGAUAAUAGUUUCUCUUUGCCAGAAAUUUUUAAGAGGUACAGCAUGUAUGAUGGCAACAGUAGAUUCUGAUGUAAGGGGAAAUUCCUAACUGGCCCCAAACCACUAGCAAUACUUAUGACAUUCUUAUUGACUAAUAUCCCAAUGGUGAUAUUCUAUUCUGUCAUUGUUACAAAGAUUGAAAAUCAAACAGAGCAGAUCAUUAUUACUCUGAUAACAGCUAUUUUCCAUGCUACCUCUCUCAUCUUCAUGGUGAUUACUGCAACCAGAAAUCCUGGCAUUAUUCCGAAAUGAGAAUUGGAUCCAACUUAUCUGUUUAAGAUUAGCGAGGCCCGUCAAAAAUCUAAGAAAACUUUGAUAAAUUAUAAAGGGAAAUUAAUAUAUCAGGCAUAUUGAAACACUUGUUUGAUCAUAAGGCCUCCAAGGGCAGUCCAUUGCAACUAUUGCGGGAACUGUGUUGAAACAUUUGAUCACCACUGCCCCUGGAUUAGUACAUGAAUUGGAAAGAGGAACUACCACUUCUUCAUAAUCUUUAUUUCAUCCUUAUGAGUAAGUUUGUUCAUUCCAAUUGUUGUCAGUAUCAAGACUUUCGCUGAGAGUGAUGGGUCAUCAGACUCAAUUAUGGUGCAAAAUAUUACAAAUUUGCUGGUUAUCAUCUACAAUAUCCUGAUAGGUAUAUUCCCGGUAGGGCUUACUUGCUAUCAUUACGCACUCAUAAUCCGUGGUGAGACUACUUUUGAGAAUCUCAAGAGGCUGUACAGGCACGGCAACAAUCCUUUUAAGCAAGGAUUUUGUCAUAAUCUAAAAAUGCAACUAUGAAGGAAGACCAAAAUCAAUCGUAUGAUAGAGCCUUAUGCAGCCGAUAACCAGAAGAAGUUUACCCUGACUAAGGAGAUGACAGACCUUGAGAAAACCAGAGGCCAAAAUUCAUUCAAAUUCAGAAAAAAUAACAGAGUGACCCCUAAGAAUGACGAAAGAUCCUCUGGCGACUCUGAUAAAGAAUCAACUAACAAGAAGAGUGCCAAAAAUAACGAAGCGUCACAUCCAACAUUUGAGACACUUCUGCAGCCUAAUAAUGAUGUUACAAGAGACAACCCAUAUGAGCCUCAGCCCUUCAAAAACCCUAAAAUUAUCAAAAUCCUCACAAAGCAUCCUAAUCCUGGUCACAAAUAAGACAAAUUCGUUCGAAGUCUGCUCACUUGUUCCUAAAAGCUGCAAGAAUACCAAAGAUCAGCUCAAAAAGGAUUUCAUGUAGAUUUCUGUCGUCGCUGGCAAAAGUCUAUAUCGAUCGAAACAGAACAGUGAGAAUACGAGCUUUAAUCUCAGCAAGAAGGGGUUCUCCAAGAACUUUAUUGUCGAGCAGAUCGAGACGAGAAGCCAGAGGGUCAAUGAAAUUAAGAAUGAAAAAGAAGACCAAGGGAGAAUAGAAGAAGAGAAAGAUACUCAUAAUAUCACUCUAGGCAAGAAGGAUAAACGUAAAGAAGCAGAAAGCACAAGAGUUGAGAUAAAAAAUAUGAGGCUGUUUGAGAAUAACUUCGUUUAAAUCAUGCGAUAUUAUAAAAAUGAGCUAGAAAGUCUGAGCC